GGCUAUCGCGGGGCCGCCCGUGCAGCUGCUUCUGGUCGAUUCUCCUCGCGGCGGCGGCGGCGGCGGCGGCGGCAGCGACUUCGGCGGCGGCGGCGGCAGCAGCGAUAACCCCGCCGGCGGCCGGAGCCGGAGCCCCGCGGGUGCCAGGCACGUCAUGGGCGCCGGCCCCGCGCCCCAGCGCGCGCCUCAGGCAGCCGAAGCGGUAGCGGCGGCGCCCGUCACGGUCCUGGCCCCGGCCCCGGAGGGCCCCCCGGGGCCUGGGUGUCGGGCCCCCCCGCGGCGCGGAGCCUGAGCUCCCCACGCCCCUGCCCCGCCAUGGCCACCGAGCCCCCCGCCCUGCGGCCGCGCCAAGCCGCCCCCUCCCCCGCGCCCCCCAGGCCGCCGCCCCCGCCGCCCCCGCCGCGCCUCCUCAACGGCUGCGUCCCGCUCUCGCACCAGGUGGCCGGGCACAUGUACGGCAAGGACAAAGUGGGCAUUCUGCAACACCCAGAUGGCACAGUCUUGAAACAGUUGCAACCGCCACCUCGAGGCCCAAGAGAGCUGGAUUUCUACAGCACAGUUUAUGCUGCUGAUUGUGGGGACAAUGUUCUCCUAGAGCUACGGAAAUAUUUGCCAAAAUAUUAUGGCAUCUGGUCACCACCUACUGCACCAAAUGAUUUAUACCUAAAACUGGAAGAUGUGACGCAUAAAUUUAACAAGCCCUGUAUAAUGGAUGUAAAAAUAGGGCGGAAAAGCUAUGAUCCAUUCGCCUCUUCUGAGAAGAUUCAGCAGCAGGUCAGCAAGUACCCAUUAAUGGAAGAGAUUGGGUUCUUGGUGCUUGGCAUGAGGGUUUACCAUGCUCAUUCUGAUAGUUAUGAGACACAGAACCAGCACUAUGGAAGAAGUUUAACUAAAGAAACCGUCAAAGACGGAGUGUCCAGAUUUUUUCAUAAUGGUUAUUGUUUGAGAAAAGAUGCAGUUGCUGCCAGCAUUCAGAAGAUUGAGAAAAUUCUUAAGUGGUUUGAAAGCCAGAAUCAACUUAACUUUUAUGCAAGUUCCUUACUCUUUGUUUAUGAAGGUUCACCUCUGUCAGCAGCUAACAAAUUGGGUGAUGGAACUUCAUCACAGAAGACCAUUUGGGCCAAAGGGCAGCUGCCAGACACUGAAGUACUUGAGUAUAACAACAACAUUCAUUUAUUGAGUUCUACAGAGAAUGGAAAACGAGGGGCCUCUGUAGGCAAAGUGUAUGUGCGUCAUAAAGAAGCAUAUUCCAAGAAUCAUCCUGGUCAGACUUCAUUAAAAGUUGAAAACGGGGAGCGAGGCAGUGUAUGGAAAAGCGGCAGUUGUAUGUCACAGGAACACUUGAAUGGGAAUGUUCUUUCUCAACUGGAAAAAGUCUUCUACCAUCGUCCCGCAGAACUCCCUGAAAGUACAGAUGUGGAAGUGAGGAUGAUCGACUUUGCUCAUGUAUUUCCUAGCAACACGAAGGAUGAGGGAUAUGUUUAUGGACUGAAACAUCUAAUUACUGUACUGCAGAAUAUUUUAGAUAAUUAAAUUCUUUGCUACGUUCUUUUUAUGGGGCCAAUGAUAAUGAAGAACAGCAACAAAUCUCCCUCGUAAUGUUAUGUAACAAAUUUGUAUUGUGAUUCAACUACAUUUUAUUUGUCUUUGUACUUUUUGGUAGAAGGGUUCACUUUUUUAUACUCUUACUCAGGAAAACUAAUUAAUAGCUGUUCAUUAGAAAACUAUGAACAAAGGAAAAAACAUAGGAAAUGUUAAGCAGGGGAUGUGGUGGUACUUGUCUUAUGUCUGUUUGGCCUAAGUUAAAUAAAAACUCUUGACUUUGAAGGGUUCAAUUUUAGCUUCCUGUAGCAAAUUCAUCAGUGCAUCCCUAUCCACCCCGCCUUACCAUUGAGCCAUAGUGAUUCGAAAACAGACUGAAAACUAGAAGGGACAAGUUGAUGUCCUGAGCCUCAUCUGUGGCCCUGGACCAAGUUACUAAACUGGAGAAAGUCUGAGUUGAUGAAGAAGUAAUAUGAUAGUCUAUAUUCUCUCUUCCAUGUUCAGACCAGCAGAUCAUAGGUGCUAAGGUGCUUCUUUCUCAAAGUGGAUAAUAUUUUUGUUGCAUUUUAAAAAGCUAAUCCCUUUCAUUUUCAUAAUGGCAUGUGUGAAAGACAAUGACGGAUUUCUUAUACUGUCUAUCUGAAAUAAUAAAAAUAGUUUAGAAUCUGAAGGGCAUUUGCGCCCAAAGCCAAAAAAAAAAAAAAAAAAAAAAAUCUUAAAAAAAUACAACUUUUGCAUUUCAGAGAUGAAUGCAUUUUUAUAGCUUUCUUUUCUGAAAAAAAUCAAAACUCUUACUCAAUGGAGGUUAGAGAUUUUGUUCUUUAUAAUUUUUUUAAUAUGUUUUUGCUCUUAGAGGCCAUUGCAUUUUACCACCAUUUGUUUGAGAGAAACCCUAUGGACUUGUUGCUAAAGUCAUGUCUCAACAUAACCAACGACAGUAGUCAUUAAUAUUAGUAAUUAUUCAGUAACAGAUUUUUUUUUUCCUUUGGUGUAUUAUGAUAGGAUUCAAUUUUUUUCCAUAAAGUCCAACUUUAGAGUUUAGAGUUUAACAAUAGAGUUUAAUUAAAUAUAGUCUUAUAUUUUAGAUCACAUUUAAUGAUGACUUUCACCUUUAGAGUUGAAUUUUUUUGAGGGAAGAUGCCACUUUGCACACAUUCUUAGGUAUUUUUGUAUCAAUUAAAAAAUCGAAUUCUUAAGUAUUUGCUGUAAGUGAACAAGAAAAAAAUUUCAUGAUGCCAUAAUUUUUUUUUUUUUUUAAUUGCAUACCUGAAACUUUUUCACAUUCAUUUUUGGAAGAGGGAGUGCUAUUUUGGUUCUAGUCUGGUCAGUCAUAAUUUGAAAGCCUAGUUCAUAAUUGAAAAAUGUCAUCUGAGUUUAGUUUCAGUUUUGCUUAAAGGAGAAAACAUUAGACAAAACACACAAGGUUAGUUUUCCAGCAUCUUGCAAACUGUAUAGUUAGGGUCUAUUGAAAAUCAGUCAGAAGUACUUGAGUCCUUUUGUAUUUAAGUCCUAGACUAAGUUGAAGGGGAAAUGUUGAUUGUAUUUGGGGUUUUAAAAAAUCUUUUCUAUUGUAAUCCAUAUACUUAUUCUUGUAUUUUGAUUCGUUUCUAAAUUUGCCACAUUCCAGGAAAAUACAUGCUUGGCUGUUGGUUAUUUUUUAGUCUUUCCACAUGAUAGCUUUUAAAAGAAAAUAUUUUUAAACCACUCGUAAGGGUCAGAAUUAUUUGUGCUUACAAACUCCUAUGUCUUGGUCUUUCUAUCUUUCUCUUUUACUCUGUUUCUCUUUUUCCCCCUCUCUCUUCCUUUUGUUCAGAUAGGUGCGGAGGAUCAAUAGGAAUACUCAUGACUUCCUAAUUCAAAGAGCAGGAUGUUAAAAUGCCUGAAUAUGAAAAAAAGCUGCUUUAUAGAAAUUCAUUUUGUGAUUGAAUGUACCUUAAUAAAUUCUAUUGCAUUUUAAAGUCCCAUUGCAUUUUAUAGUUUCAUAAGCAGGAGAAAAAUUCAGUUGCUUGUGUGGUUGUUUAGGAGUUAGUUUUGAGAGUUGGUUUCUUUCUGUAAUAGCAGUAAUUGGGCUUUUGUCAUGUGUUAUAGGAUACCACCUCUUCUCUUCCUCCAUCUUCUUUGUCCUCCCCUUACUCCCAUAAUUUCUAUCUUUUUAUACACACACACAUGUGCACACGUGCACAUACACACACACCAUAUACCAUAUGGCCAGCAGAAUAAUGGUGAAAUCUUUGGGCUGAAAAAGAAAAGCAAAGAAAACCAAAUCAAGAAAAUUACCACUUUUUUCCCCUAUUAAAAAAGGUCAUUAAUAUUAUGAAUUCAUUAAACCUGAAACUCAUAAGAUUAACAUUAUUUUUAAAUGUCAUUUCAGUUAUAUUUUUGUGAAAUCAGUAUCCUGUCUUUGGCUAGUGAAAUCCAACUGUUAUGUCAAAACAGUUAUUCUUUUUUUCAGGGAUAGGAUUAGAACUUUUUGUUUAUAUUUUUACCUCUUUCUCAUCUAACUCCUUCCUUUUAAGUUCCUUAUCUAGCAUAGAGAAUCGGAAUAGACAUGGUUAAACAACAUAAUGGGUAAUAGUUAAAAAAAAAACAAACAACCUAUCGUCAAUUAGAAAUUUG